AUGGCCGAGGACCUCCUCCAGCCUCCCGUCCAGGACUCUGUCCCGCUCCCGCCCGUCGCACAGCCUGCCUCGGACCGCCCCGACGCCCACACCGCCAAGUUCGACCGCCAGCUCCGGCUGUGGGCCAAAUCGGGCCAGCAGGCGCUCGAGGAGGCCCACGUCCUCGUCGUCGGAGCCAACGCGAGCGCCGCCUCGACCCUCAAGAACCUCGUCCUCCCAAACGUCGGCCAGUUCACCAUCAUCGACCCCGAGACCGUCACCGAGGCCGACAUCGGCGCCAACUUCUUCCUCGACCCGUCGAGCCUCGGCCAGCCCCGCGCCGAGCAGGUCGUCCGCUUCCUCCUCGAGCUCAACGGCGACGUCAAGGGCCACGCGCUCGUCCAGCCCCUCUCGACCCUGACCGACCUGUCGCCCUACACCCUCGUCCUCGCCGUCGACGUCGAGUCGCCCGCCGAGCUCCUCGCCCUGUCGGACGCCGCGUGGGACAAGCACAUCCCGCUCAUCAAGGUCGACAGCGCGGGCUUUUACGCGGCGCUCCGGACCCAGGUCAACGAGGUCACCAUCGUCGAGACGCACCCCGAGUCGAUCGUCGACCUGCGCCUGUCGCACCCGUUCCCGGCCCUCGUCGCGCACGCCCACUCGUUCGACUACGCCGCCAUGGACUCGGCGCAGCACUCGCACGUGCCCGCCGUCGUCAUCCUCGUCAAGGCCCUCGAGCAGUGGAAGCUCGCUCACGACGGCAAGGUCCCGACGGGCUCGACCGAGCGCAAAGAGUUCAUGGACGGCGUCGCGCGGCAGAAGCGCCAGAGCGACGAGGAGAACUUUGACGAGGCCGUGACGCUGUUUCGCCGUGCGGGGACGAGGCCCGGGAUCCCGAGCGAGAUCGAGGCGCUGUUUUCCGACCCGGCGUGCGAGAACAUCACGGCGUCGACCCCGGUCUUCUGGCUCCUGCUGCACGCCGUGCGCGCCUUUGUCUCGCACCCGUCCAACCCGUCGCGGCUCCUCCCACUCUCGGGCGCGCUGCCCGACAUGAAGGCCUCGUCGUCGGGCUACGUCGCGCUCCAGACCCUGUACAAGCACAAGGCGCGCGAGGACCUCGCCCUCGUGCGUGCGCUCGUCGCCGACACGCUCGAGCGCGUCGGCCUCGACCGCGACAGCGUUGGGUCGGACGAGAUCGAGACGUUUGUCAAGCAUGCGGCGUGGCUCAAGGUGGUCAGGGGACGGAGCUUGAGGAUGGAGCACGAGGCGUGCGCGCUCAAGGGCCAGGUCGGUGCGCUCCUGGCGUCCGCCUCGUUCCAGCAACCGCCCGACGCGUCCCUGUUCAUCUACACGGCCCUGCGCGCCGCGAGCCUGUUCACGGCCGAGCACGCGCGCUCGCCCGACCGCGACGACGCGCCGGCGCUGUAUGCGCUCGCCGAGCGGCUCGUGCGUGAGUGGAGCGAGGGCGAGGACCUUGAGGGCAUGGGCGUCGAGGAGGGGGGGUGGACCGAGGGACUGCGCAAGGUGUGCGCCGAGGUUGCGCGCGCCCCGCCGGGCACGACGCUGCCGCAGACGAGCGCGCUCCUCGGCGGCCUCGUCGCGCAGGAGGCCAUCAAGCUCAUCACGCGCCAGUACGGCCCGCUCGACCGCGUGUGCGUGUGGGACGGGAUCCGCAGCGGGACGGGCGUGCUGAGGCCGUGAGCUGAUCCCGGCGCUAGAGCUCUGGAGGGGUCGAGCCGAGGUCGAGAGACGCUGCGUGGCUGGGACACGCUGUAGAUACGCUUGACUUGAACAGAGAGACGCUUUCUCUUCUC